AAACACAGCACAGAACAGUCACAUUUCAAACAUGCUUCGGUAUGGUCGCACUCUGAGCAAAUAGUAACAAACAUCACAAGUGUGUUGGGGAAUAGGCAGAUCGUACGUAAAUUUAAAUUCGUGAAAAGCGCGCGAGAGAGUACCGUAUCGGUUGGACAUUGAUCGAAAUUCGUUCGCGUUGUCAGCAUGUGUAAACAAGCGUUGGUUCUCGAUUCGAAUUGAGGUGGUCAUUUUUGGUGGCUACCAUAUAACGUUAUUUUUGCCAAAAAUCAUCGAUAGACGAGAAUAAUUCAAUAAAAAAAAACACCGGCAACAGCAAUAACGCCACAUACACACAGACGCACAACAAUCCAAACAAUCACCUCUAUAAAUACUGCAUCGAACGAACAGCGUAACGAGCUUGGACAAUAUUCAAAUAAAUUUCGCACUCAAUCGGCUAAUGACGGUUUCACCCUUUUAUUUUUAGCCAAAGAAAACACAAAGUUCACAAUUCGUCACACAUUUUGUGUGUUUGUGCUAUUCGCUACCAGAUAUAGACGGAUUUCUAUUUUUUUUUUCAUUAUUACUGCGUAUGUUCUCGGUUGCUACUGUUUGUUGAGUAUUUUUUUUCGUUGUUGUUGUUGUUGUUGUUGUUGUUGCUGUUUUGUGUUUCGUUGCAUUUCAAUCUCUAGUUUUGUUUACAUUUUAAAUUUCUGAGUAGUUUUUGUUGAUUUUAUUUGGAAUCGGAUGUGAGUUUAGUUUUGUGCGUGUUGUAUUGUGGAACAGAGGACUUUUGCACUGACCACUCGACUCAUUCGAAAAUUCGAAUCGAAUUUGAGUGAGCGAGAGUGCGGGCGACGCUGAAAUUGAAAUAACUAAUAAAUCGGAUUGUACGUGAGUGUGUUUUUGAAUAAGGAUCGAAUUGAACCGCUUAUUCGAGUCCGGUUUUUCGGGCGGUUUGCCUGUUCUUCGGUGUGGUGUUAAGUUCAUUGAAUCGAAAGACACUUUAUUACCCUUGAUGUGUACUGUCAGAUCUAUGUUCCGGGGUCGUAAGUUUUCUCCAGCCAGAAAAACCGAAAAUUAUAUUAGAUGCGCAUCAAAUACAAAACGAUUGCCGAAACCAAAUCAGCAAUAAAAACCGAAACUUUUUGGCCAUGAUUACUAAAGUGUGAAAUGCGAAUUUGAGAAAUGUUUUGCAUUGGCAUGAAUUGUGUGCUUUUAUAAAACGACCGAAAAUAAAAUAGAGAGAAUCUCUUCCUCUCCAUCGCUAUCGCUUGUUCUCUCGUUUCAAUAUUGAAUUUGACUACGAAGAGAAGCGGCACACAUAGACGCACACACUGUGCAAUCCACCAAUAAUAACUCAAAGCGGAACAAAGGACAACGGACAACGGACAAGCCUGAAUCAAGCGGAGAAGAAGUUUUUAAUGACGAAAUACGGAAUUUUCAACAAAACUACGAAUUGCAAAGCGAGACCAAAGAUUCAAAGUGUUUUCGAACUUUUUUGCUGUUUUUGCUGUACGGUGUGCAAAAAUUUAACAGUUUUAUAACUGGGCACGAGACGAGGGGUGAGUAAGAGGGAAAGAUAGAGAGAGAGAGAGAGCCUCAUGUGCACGUAUGUUUGAGUGUUGCGAAAGGGUGUCGGUCCAAUUCGAGUGAUAGUCAGCUAGACAAUUCGACUUAGUUACUGGUUUAAUCACACCAACUUUUCGAGUAUGUCACGCUUUUUUGCGACUGACAUUGGUCAUUCCUCAUUCUCGAUUUGGGUCUGAGUCGGGCAGGCAGGCAGGCAGGCAGGCAGGCAGGCAUCAGCACCACCACCAGCAGCAGCAGCAGCAGCCAUAGUGGUAGCAGUUAACGAACCGACAAAUCAUAGCUGCUUGAAAUUUGCAAAAACGCAACGAACAUAAUAAAUGGUGACCGCUUGUGCUGUUAUUUGUAUGUGUUAUGUGUGAAUUACCUCUGAUACGAUUAAACCAUAACCGAAAUAGUAAAAUAGUAAGGAGAUACCUGCAUCGAUAGCAUGGGCCAUGUUUUACAUGUGAUAGGCACGACAACGACUACACAAGCGGAGUAAUAGCAACAACAAAAAAGUUAUUAAAUGAACAUAAAUCCAAGAACGAACCAUGAAUUACGUUACGCUGAAUGGAAAUGUGUGACAAGGCACUAACGACAAAUUCAGCCGUUCAGUAGUUCUGUCUAUUAAAGCCUAAAGCAAUAUUCAAACAUCGUAAUAUCGCACGUUCUCACAUUUAUUUUAUCAUUCAUAGCUCAUAGAGGCUCGAAAGUAAUAGUAAGUAAGUGAGUGUAUUUUUUGUGUUGGUUGACUGGCUAAACUCGGUAUUGCAUAGUGUCGAAUAAAUGCGGCUCUCGGCAUUGAACAGCCCAUAAUUCAAUAGAGCGGCUUAGACGCCAUAAUACUAAAAAAAAACGGUUGUGCAGUGGUCAUCAAAGACAAGACAAUCGGAUUCGAAGAACCAUGAUAAAUGUAAACAAAAUCAAAUUGACUGAACAAACGACAUGAAAAAUGUAAUAAGCUCGACAUAGAGAUAGAGAGAGAGAGCGAGAGAGAAAGCGGGAGCAAAACACGACCGCAGGAGCAAAAGUAAUAACGACAGCAAUAUAAGCAUAUCACUUUCGAGCCAAUUUCUAUAAAGCGAAAAAGCCGAAGCGCUGAAGCCAAGAACCGAGACCAAUGAAGAAAUGCUGAUGCCAGAUUUAGUGCUAACAACUUAUUAUUUGAACGUCACAUAGACUACACAGAUAAAUAUAUAUAAUAUCGUGUAUUUUGUACCACUAUUAUCUAUUCGGAAGUGAGAGAAAGACAAGCACACAGACAGAUCGGAAGAUUGAAUGAGUGCGAUGCCAAUUUUGAUGGUGUAAAACUUGAUGAAAAGUGUGUUGUGUAUGUUGUGACAGUUUUCGGUCGAAACGGAAAGUGGUGCGAGGCAAAAGCGUGUUCGAGUGUGUGUUUGCCGCAUUUUGUGUUUGUGUUGCUAGCUAGUUUGUUUUGGGUUCGGUGGUGUAAAAAAUAACGACAAUAAUUUCAUUGGAUUAGAAAAUUAUGGAAUCAACAAAUCGACGACGAAGACGCCAAAAAGGCUACCCCUGUAAUGCACUUCGUCUUCUAAUCCGUCUGUGGGGCAUUAUCACAAGCACUGUUCUAAUUGGAGUAGCUGUUGAUAUUUUCUACCAUCAAAAACCAGCCGGAAUUUAUUUAAUUUUUGCCUCGAUUUUGGUUUUCAUACUGGAAACAAAGUGGGUUCUCAUUUUGUUCGUUGAUCUGCUAAGUGGAGGAAAUGAUGCGCCCGCAUAUUGUUCUUGCUGUAGGCGAAUGAACAAUUUUUUAAGUGGAUGGAGACUGUCACCAUUCUACAUUUCCUUAGGCGUUGCACUCGUAAUGUGGCCAAAUGGACUUUGGUUGAGCUCCGUCGUUGGUAUCCAAUUGCUGGUUCUGGCCAUUCUGCGAUUGUUCACCAUUUUCCGUUACCAAAGUAAUACGAUUAAGUGCGAAAGUCUUCUACAAAAGCAGCCCGCUAAUCGUGAAUAUUUCGAAAAGUUAGAUAACGUUUCAGAUAUAAUAGACGAUAGUAUGCCAGCACCGGGUAGAAUGUUGGAUGGUGACGAACUCAUCGACGACGUCUAACGGCACCGUUUUUUUUCCAACAACAACAACAACAACAGCAGCACCAGCACCACCAUCACCAUCAUCACAAAUGUUGUAUUUGAAGCGACGAGCAACAGCGAUUGCGAUGAAUAAAAACUGAAAUAAAUAAAUACCGACAAAAGCGUGACAAUAAUUCUACUUCUAAGUUCUAAUGUUUUACGAUGGCGAAAAGUGUGUGAAUCAAACGGGAUGGCUGAAGCUUAAAUGAAGCGAACGAAAAGAGAAAAGAAAAAAAAAGAUUUUUUUUUAUUUGUGUUACUGUUUCUUUCUCUCGGUGAUUCAAUCCGAUGAAAAGAGGGGUUUUGGUAUGGUAAAGAGGUGAAUAAAAAUGGCUCAGCACUACAUUAAGCUUAGUUAAUUAAUGUUGAAUGUUCAAAGUUGGAAGGAAAACGAUUGAGUAUUUUCCAUUCGAGCUUUCAACUGGUAUGGCUUGGUGUUGAACGCAAAACAUCGUACAUUCAAUAUGUAUAUAAUAUUACAGCUCGCAAACACACACAUACCGAGAGAGAGAGAGAGAGAGAGAGAGAGAGAGAGAAAGAAUAAAUGCAUUAGCAUCGCCAUACAUCUAUACCUGGUGUGUAACCCAAUGAAAUAAUUUAUCUUAAUUGUUAUUCUGUGUUAUACAUUUACGACGUUGUUCUAAACUUUUCUAACACCUCCACCCUCCUCCUCCGCCCAUUCAGUCUUCGGUGAAAUUCUAUACUCUCUCGAAAUCUGAUUUAAAAAAAAGAAUCUACCUGGUGGUACAAACCGAAACCAAAGCCGAAACCAACAUUUAAAUCUUUUACAUAUAUAAUUAUUUUUCGGCUGUCGUUGUUGUUUGCUGGAAAAAAGAAUGAGAGAAAAAACCAAAACCGAGAAAGAAUAAUUCAAACAUAUUUUUUCGUUUUAUAUUUUUUAAGUGAAUCUGCUUUACAGUGUGGUUAAGACAUUGUUGUUUGUCAUCCCCACGCAAACAGUUGCAAGUGUUCUGCAAAAAUGCUAAUCUAAACAGGAGAAUCCAAUUAUUUUAAAAUUUUGAUGGAGAGUCGUGCCUUAUGAACAAAUACAAAUUCAUGUUAGAUAUUCCAUCUCUGUGUAGUGCUAAAAUUGAAUCUCACUAACCGAAAGAAAAAAACAACAGAACAUAACAAAUUGGAAACUUUAUGUAAUGAAACAUAAACUCUCGUUCUCUGUCUCUCUCUAUGUGUCUCUUUAUCUCUUUUGCCGUGUACCAUAAAAUUACUCCGAAUAACUAGUGGAAGAAAAGCUCAAGUUCAACAACAAAAGGGAGAAAGAGAGACAAAAAGAGAAUGUGAUCGAAAGAUAAACCAUGGAAUUAUUCGAUAUAUACAUAGAUAAAUGCAAGAACUUCAUCAUGUUGUAGAAUUGAAUUUCAUUUUAGUUCAUGGAUGUUUUAUGAUCAAUAUACAAAGAAACGAGGAAAAAAAAGAAA